UACCUGCAACAACAGUUCUAUAGGAAACCUUCUAAAAUCACAAUAGUGAUGUGAUUUUAACUACUGUUUUGGAUUGUAAUUUUAAAAUAGUGAAUGCUUUUGUGGUUCUUCAAAUGUAUGAGAAUUAAAAUGUUUCCCAGUUUAUUCAUAUUUUUUUCUUGUGCUUUCGUACUCACACAAUGCCAAAUGGAUUUAGCGGAACAUUUCAAAGAUUGUCACGUAAGUGGUCCCGAUUUUGAUACCUGCAUUAAAGACGGCUUAAAUGAUUUACGACCUUUUUUUAAUGAAGGUUUACCGGAUUAUGAAAUACUUCCAUUUGAUCCAUUUUUCGCCCCAGAAGUCCCACAAAAAAGGUCACUUCCUUUUUUCAAUUAUAAGCUGUUGUUAAAAAAUGUUACAGAAUCUGGAUGGACAGCAUCUCAAGUUACUAGAUUUAAAACCGACUUUUCCAAAAAUCAAAUACAGGUAACUCAGUUCUUCCCUGAUAAAAAAUUAGAUGGAUGGUAUGAAAUAGAGGGUUCAUUUUUUGGACGAAAAUUUCAAAACCAGGGUUCAUGGAAGUUGUCGCUUUUUGACUACAUUCAAACACUGACAGUUGUUAGAAAAUCAGUAAAAGAUUCGGAUGGGUACGAGAAGGAGAAUCCACAAAUUAAAGUUAAAUGUAGUAUACAGUCAUGCAAGAAACUAGGACUCCAUAUAGAUCACCUGGCUGGAGGAUUGACUAUAGUGGAAAAUAUAUUGGAUCGGAUCAUCAACAACGCUUGGCAGCCAGGCUUUGUGGUACUUAGUCCCCUGAUAAACGACUUGGUGGGAACAGCAUUCACGGAAAUAUUCAACAAAAAUUUUCAGCAUUUUCCAUUUGAGAGAAUAUUUCACAAUUAAACAUGUAAUUCGAAACGGUAAAAACAUUUACUGGAGAAGUUCUCAAACAGCCAAAUUCCGUUUUGUAUAAACGUGUAAAUAUGUAAAUAGUUAAAGAGAUUAAAAUCAUGUUAAAUUGAGGGUUCUGAUGUUAACACUUAACAGAUAUAA